GCUUCGAUGCCAAGAGACAACACUGGCGGCCGCCUCCAGCGGCCUGCUGGAGCCAUCCUUAGGAAUUGAGUUCUGGAAAUAGCAUUCUUAGCAGGCGGUGCCACUUAUCACUUGACGCCGGCCGCUCAAGCCCCACAGGGUUGUAGCACUCCAGCCUGGCCCAAGUUGCACACCGGUCCAACCCGCCGGUGUAGUUCGAGCCAACCUUGUUGAGCACCGCGGAAGCCGGUAAACACCCAGUGCAGAUGGCACUCCGCGCCGCGCGCCGCCUCGCCCGGCGCGGGGCCGCGCCGCUCGCGACGGCGCCGCCGCCCGGUGGCACCAGAGCGGCGCUCUCGACCCGAUCACUCCCCGACUACAACACGCCCGUCGACACUGCAAAAAUAAAACUCAGUAGACCGAAGCCCGUCAAGCGCAAGCCCGCGCGCGGCGACUGGCAGGGGCUGAAAGAUUUAAGAGCUAGAUUAGCCGCGGAGGGCUCGUUGGUCGACGACACGUUAAAUGACAUGAAAAACGACAAGGACUUCCAGCUCACAGCCAAGAAGCUGCGCGAGUCCGGUCAAAGAAAGCUCACGCUCGAGGAGAAGCAGCGGCGGCGGCGGUGCUUGGAAGAGCUCGGCGCUCCCGAAUUCACGGAACAUUUACUCCAACAGGCCGGCUGCGACGGCACGCGCUUCGCGACGGAGGUUUUACAGUUAAACAUCGGCCUGUACUGCAACCAGGCGUGCAACCACUGCCACGUCGAGUCCAGUCCGCGGCGCCACGAGGCCAUGUCCAGCGACGUCGCGGACAAGUGCCUCGAUAUUUUGGUAAAUUCGCCGUCCGUGACGACGUUAGAUAUUACGGGCGGCGCGCCCGAGCUGCAGCCUGAAUUUAGGAGGAUCGUGCGAAGAUGUCGGGAACUGCGGCCCGACGUCGAUAUUAUUGAUCGGUGCAAUCUGACCGUAUUGGCGGAACCGGGCCAGGAGGACUUGGCCGACUUUUUGGCCGAUCAUGCGGUGCACGUCGUCGCGUCGCUGCCUUGCUAUUCGGACAAGAACGUGAACAUGCAGCGGGGCCGAGGCGUCUUCGCGCGGAGCAUCGAAGGCUUACGACGAUUAAAUGAAGUAGGCUACGGACGCGAGCUGAAAUUAGAUCUUGUAUAUAACCCGCUCGGAGCGUUUUUACCACCCCCUCAAGACGCUUUACAAACCAAGUACGCCGAGGAGCUCCAGCAGCACUUCGGCGUGUCGUUCAACGAGUUGUUUACGAUGACGAACAUGCCCAUUAAACGGUUCGCGGACUUCCUGUCGCGUAGAGGGGAGCUCGGCGACUACCUGGACCUACUUGUUAGGAAUUUCAAUCAUGAGACUGCACCAAAUCUCAUGUGCCGGACCACUCUAAGCGUUAAUUGGGACGGCCGGGUCUAUGACUGCGAUUUUAACCAGCAAUUAGAUCUGCCGUUAGGGUCGGGAAAAUCGGUGUUCGACCUGACCUCUACGGAAGACGUUCGUGACGCGCGGAUAAAGUUCGACAACCACUGCUACGGCUGCACGGCCGGCAUGGGAUCCUCCUGACAGGGGACAACGGCCUAGGGCCGUGCUUUGGAAAGCGCUCCGGACCCGCACCAUGACGCGCGGCCGGC